AUGUCCGACCCGGCGGCUCAGGCCUUGCAACCCCGGCAUCUCCAAGCCCAGUCGACGGGGUCUGCGGGGUCCGGUUCUGCUGCGACAGGCUCCGGGCCAGGAAAUAGCGAUCCGGCCAGACCAGGACUUAGUCAGCAACAACGUGCAAGCCAAAAGAAAGCUCAAGUCCGAGCUUUCCCACGAGCGAAAAAGCUCGAGAAACUUGGCGUAUUCUCUGCGUGCAAGGCCAACGACACGUGUAAGUGCAAUGGAUGGAAAAACCCGAAUCCACCAUCAGCCACUCGUAUGGACAUGCAGCAGCAAGCAGCCAGCCUGAGCGAGUCCUGCCGCAGCUGUGGACAUGCCCUGGCUGAUCAUGUGUCCCAUCUUGAGAAUGUGUCGGAGGAUGAGAUCAACAGGCUUUUGGGGAUGGUGGUGGAUGUGGAGAACCUCUUUAUGUCUGUGCACAAAGAGGAAGACACAGAUACUAAACAAGUGUACUUCUACCUUUUCAAGCUGCUGAGAAAAUGCAUCUUGCAAAUGAGCCAGCCGGUUGUGGAGGGUUCUCUCGGAAGUCCGCCUUUUGAAAAGCCCAACAUUGAGCAGGGGGUUCUGAAUUUUGUUCAGUACAAGUUCAGCCACCUGGCGCCAAAGGAGAGGCAGACCAUGUUUGAGCUGUCCAAGAUGUUCCUUUUAUGUCUGAAUUACUGGAAGCUGGAGACGCCGACGCAGUACCGCCAGCGUACCCAGAAGGAUGACGGGACGGCAUACAAAGUGGACUACACCAGGUGGCUGUGCUACUGCCACGUCCCGCAGAGCAACGACAGCCUGCCGCGCUACGAAACGACCCAGGUGUUCGGCCGGAACUUACUGAAGUCAAUCUUCACGGUCACCCGACGCCAGCUCCUGGAGAAGUUCCGGGUGGAGAAGGACAAGCUGCUGCCAGAGAAACGCACGCUCAUCCUCACACACUUCCCCAAGUUCUUGUCCAUGCUCGAGGAGGAAAUCUAUGGCGAAAACUCCCCCAUCUGGGAGGCAGACUUCACCAUGCCGGCUUCUGACGGCACCCAGCUGGGACACCAGACAGUCAUCAGUCCCACCUCUGUGUCGGGCUCUUCUGCUCUGUCCAAGUGUCUGAGCAGCAGCUCCUCUCUGGGCACCGCGGACGCUGGCAGUACCAAUCUGCUUACCCCGAAUGCCGCUCGGGAUGAGACUGCCCGGCUGGAGGAGAGGCGGGGCAUCAUAGAGUUCCACGUCAUUGGCAACUCGCUGUCUCAGAAGUCGAACAAGAAGAUCCUGAUGUGGCUGGUGGGCCUGCAGAACGUCUUCUCUCACCAGUUGCCUCGCAUGCCCAAAGAGUACAUCACACGGCUGGUGUUCGACCCGAAGCACAAAACCCUCGCCCUCAUUAAAGAUGGCCGUGUCAUAGGGGGCAUCUGUUUUAGGAUGUUCCCCACUCAGGGCUUCACAGAGAUCGUCUUCUGCGCCGUCACAUCCAACGAGCAAGUUAAGGGCUAUGGUACCCACCUGAUGAAUCACCUGAAGGAGUACCACAUCAAACACAACAUCCUCUAUUUCCUCACUUAUGCAGACGAGUACGCCAUCGGCUACUUCAAGAAGCAGGGCUUUUCCAAAGACAUCAAGGUGCCCAAGAGUCGAUACCUGGGCUACAUUAAAGACUACGAAGGAGCGACCCUGAUGGAGUGCGAGCUGAACCCCAGAAUCCCUUAUACCGAGCUCUCCCAUAUCAUCAAGAGACAGAAAGAGAUUAUUAAGAAGCUGAUUGAGAGGAAACAAAGUCAGAUCAGAAAGGUUUACCCAGGCCUCACCUGCUUCAAAGAGGGAGUGCGACAGAUCCCCGUGGAGAGCAUCCCAGGCAUAAGAGAAACAGGCUGGAAACCUAGCAACAAGGAGAAAGGGAAAGAGGUGAAGGAUCCUGACGUGCUGUACAACAUGCUGAAGAACCUCCUGGCCCAGAUAAAGACUCAUCCCGAUGCCUGGCCCUUCAUGGAGCCAGUGAAGAAAUCUGAAGCCCCAGAUUAUUACGAGAUCAUCCGCUUUCCCAUCGACCUAAAGACCAUGACGGAGCGACUCAAGAACAGAUAUUAUGUGACCAAGAAGCUUUUUAUUGCCGACCUGCAGCGAAUCAUCACCAACUGUCGGGAGUACAACCCUCCAGACAGCGAGUACUGCAAGUGCGCCAACACUUUGGAGAAGUUCUUCUAUUUUAAAUUAAAAGACGGUGGCCUGAUUGAAAAAUAA